CCGCCAGUGCCACCUCUGCCACCUCUGCCACCUCUGCCACCGCUGCCACCGCUGCCACCGCCGCGGGGACCGCCAGGGUCGCGGGGGGCGAUCGGAGCCGCGUCCCCGCGGUGUCACCACCCCCUCCGGGUGACAGCCGCUUGUCCCCCGGUGUCCCCGCGGCCAUGCCGCUGCUCCGGAGACCCGCGGGGGGUUCGGCCGAGGGGGGACAGGAGGACGGGGACCCCUUCGCCACCAACCCCGAGAGUCGCCGGCGGCGCCGCGCCACCCUGGGCGGGCUGGUGGGACUCGGGGGACAGCUCGGGGGACAUUUGGGACAGCUCGGGGGACCCUUCGGCCGCGCCCGACGCGCCCCCCGCGACCCCGCGGGACCCCGAGGCCGCCGCCGCUGCUCCGAGGAUUCGGGGGUCCCGCGGCGACCCCCGGAGGAGGCGGCGGGGGGCAAGAGGGCGUCGCUGCUGCGGCUGGCCUUGGGGACUUGGGGACAGCGAGGGACAGAGAAGGCGUCGCCGGUGGAGGGACAGGCGGGGGACAGCGCGGAUGGAGCGGGACAGCGGCCGGAGAGCGGCGGGAAGGACAAGGACAGGGACAGGGACAGGGACAGGGACAAGAAGCCGCUGUCGGUGCUGGAGAUCCUGGAGCUGAUCCAGCGCCGGGAGUUGGUGGCUGCGGACGCUCAGAUCAUCGCGCUCGAGGCCGAGUGCUCCUUGUCGCCGUCGCGGCCACCGUCCCCGUGUCCCCUGCCCGCGUCCCCCUCCUCGGGCUCCCCGCCACCGUCCCCGAGCCCCGCGGGCGGCCGGAGGGAGCGGGACGUGGCCCUGCUCUACCGAGCGCUGCUAGCCCAGCUCUGGGCCGUGGUGGCCGAGGCGGUGGCCGCGGGGCGAGCGGUGGCCCCGCUGCGCGCCGUGGUGGCCGUGCUGGAGCAGGAAGAAGCGGCGGACGCCCGGAGCCCUCCCGGGACUCGCCCGGGGCGACCGCGGGGGUUGCGGCGGCGCUGGCACGAGGCGGUGGCCAGGGCGGCGAGCGAGCGGCUGGCCCAGGUAGCCCCGGCGGGCGGGUUGGGAGCCCGGCUGGCCGCGCUGGCCGCCAGGGUGGUGGGCGACCUGGGGGUGGUGCGGAGCCACGUGGCCCCCGCGUACCCCCCCGAGUACGGAGCGCUCGGGGUUUAUGCCCGUGGCUACCACCGGGCGCUGGCCCAGCAGCUGCGGGCGCUCGCCCAGAGACCCCUGGACGUGCCCGACCUGUACCUGCUGCUCGACUGGCACAGCAACGCCUACCCCAGGUGAGAGAC